UGGCUGCAUCUCUGACUGCUCGGGCUGCAGAGUAGCCCUCUGCACUGCAAACGCCCCUUGACACUGUGUGUGUGUGUAUGUGUGUUAGUUUUAGUGUGUGUGGUUUUGUAGAUAGUGUGCCCAUGGCCUGUUAAAGGCUAGGGGGCACAUUUGUAAAUAACUUGGCUUUGUCAGGUGCCAUAUUAUGCACUUUUGGAGAAAGAGAUAGCAUGUCUAACGGUUACCAGACUCUAACGGAAGGACUGGCCCUGACGGUUGCUGUCCUUUAAAAUGGACUCCGUAGUCCCCCAUGAUACGGAGAAGUCGAAGAGGACUUUUAAUUUCUGACCUAUAACUGACAUGUCGAACAGUGUCGGUGCUCUUUAACGGUCAUGUCUAACGGUUACCGUACUUUGUCACAGCACCUGAAUGACCUGAAGAAGGAGAACUUCAGCCUCAAGCUCCGCAUCUACUUCCUGGAGGAAAGGAUACAGCAGAAGUACGAGGAGAGCAGCGAAGAUGUCUACCGCACAAACAUCGAGCUGAAGGUGGAAGUAGAGAGCUUGAAGCAGGAGCUUCAGGAGAAACAGCAGCUUUUGGACAAAGCCCUCACGACAGCAGAGAGCUUAACCAAUCACAAUGAGGCAGAGCUGCAGAGACGGUGUCAGGAGCGACAGCAUGAAAUCGACCACAUGCAGCAAGUUCUUGAGACCAAGAUUCAGCUCCUGCAGGAGGAGGCCCAGUUAGCACGCAGUGAGGCUGAUCGGAUGGCCUCGCUAGCUGGAUCACACUCCCAUGCCUCCCUGCUCUCCCUAGACACCCCUAUGGAGGAUAUCCCUGAGGAUGAGAGGCCUCUGAGCAUCCUGUCCCCUUCCAACACCAACAAAGACAGGGUAAUAGAGGAGCUGACUAAAGAGCUUCGCUCCAAGGAUGCCCUCAUCACGGAGCUGAGCGGAGAUAAGACGACUCUCACACUGAGGGUGGGAGAGCUGGAGGGACAAGUUCAUGAGCUGUCUUCUUCUCUGCUGCAGAAAGACAAGGAUGUGGAGUUCUAUCAGGAGGAACUUGGUCGAGAGAGGCUGCGCAUCGAACAGGAGAUGCAGAGCCUGGUUGAGGAGCAGCAGUCUCAACUGAACCAGUAUGAGUGUGCAGCCGGCCAGUGUGUCAGUGAGCUGCAGAAGGCCCAGCUCCAAGUCCAGUCCCUGCAGGCCAAGGUCCAUGAGAGCGAGGCCAACAAUAUGAAGCUGCAGGAAAGUCUGAAUGAGAUGGAGUGUGAGCUGCGUUCACUCCGUCAGUCUACUCAGAGUCAAGAAAGAACCAUCCAGGGCCUCACAGAGUCCAUCAGCACCAAAGACAGUGAGGCCCAGGACCUGUACCAGCUGAUCGAACAGCAGAACACUACACUGUGUAAGCUGCGGGAAUUGGCCCACCGCAACCAGCUAGCACAAUCCAAGGCUCCAGAAGGGGUCAGCGAGUCCUUGACGCUUGCCCAGCUGCAGGGUGAGUUGGUGGGAGUGCAGAGCUCCCUGUUCUCACUGGGUCUGGAGCUGGAGGCCAGUCAGAGGAGUCUGAGACAGAGCCAAAGGCAAGGAGAUGACCUGGUUAAGUUCAAAGACAGACUCAACUCUGAUCUACAGGAGGCAUUGCAGCACAGGGAUGUCACUGAAAAACAUAACCAGGACCUUUGCUGUGGCCUCCAGAAAACUCGUUCUGAGCUGCAGGCUAAAGAAGCAGCUCUGAAAGAGAGCGAGGCAGAGAGACUCUCUGUAGUGCAGGAAAAAGACAGAAGCAUUGCACAGCUCAAACACUCUCUGCAGGACAAGGAACAACAGUUACAGGAGUACUCAGAGAUGUUGGAGUCAACAGGAAGCUCCAAACCAAGAGAUGCCCUGCUGGAGAAACUAAAAGAGCGUAUUAAAGAUAGAGAUAGAGCUCUAGAGCGCUCCAUCGAUGACAAGUUCCGCUGUGUGGAGGAGCGCGAGGGCCAGGUGAGGAGGCUGCAGCUGGCUCUUAGGGAGAAGGAACGAGACCUGGAGAGACUCCGCUGCAUCCUGUCCAACAAUGAGGAGACCAUCACGAGUCUGGAUGCUUUGGUGCGAGGUAAAGAGCUGGAGCUGGAGCAGGCGGCCGAAGCCUACAGGAACCUCCAGUGGCUGAAGCAGCAGAGCGAAGAGAAGGAGAGAAACACUCUGAGAGAGAAAGACAUUAUCAUCAGCCAGCUACAGGCAGCUUUGCAGGCACGCAGCCAGGAGACACAGGAUCUGACAGCUGCCCUCGUUGCCAGAGUCCAGGCUGGUCCCACUGAGGUUGUGGAGGAGCUGAAGGCUCGACUGGCGCUGAAGGAGAAGCUCUUCCAGGAGCUGUUGUCAGACCGUAGCCGCCAGUCUAAUGAACACCAAACCCAGGUCCAUGACCUGCUCAACACUCUCAGUUCCAAAGACCAGUAUCUGCAGGACAACUCCUACAGACUGUCUGUGGUGAUUAGUGAGCGGACAGGUCAGCUGCAGGAGCUACGCAGACAGCUGUCAAUGAGAGAGCAGGAGCUGUGUGAGCUGAGACGAGACAAGGAGAGGGAGAUGGGAGGAGAAACGGAGCAUCUGCAGACUCUGCUCAAAGAGAAGGAAUCCUUUAUCAAGGAACUGUUACAGGGCCAGGAAGAGGCGAUGCAGUCAUCCUCAAAAGAGAGCGAGGCAGAGAUGAAUGCUAUCCAGGAGGAGCUGCAGCUGAUACUGAAGAAGGAGAGAGAAGCUCAGAAGGAACUCUCUGCUCUGCGUCUAUCUAUAGCUCAACAGCAUGCCAAGGAAGCUGCCACAAAAGACAGCACUGAUCACCAACUCGUGCUGGAGAAGCUUGUGUCAGAGUACCACAAGUUGAAUGACGCCCUGAGGGCGGAGAAGAGAUUAUACCAGAGUCUCACUCACAUUCACAGCAAAAGUGACAGUUCACAGAAGAUCCAGGCUCUGCACACUGAGCUUGACUCUGUUCAGGCACUCCGCGGACAGCUGGAGGAGGUCCUGGCCAGGACCUGUAACAUGGCCCUUGUGCUGGAAAGGGCAGCUAAAAGGCAGCCCGACAUUGGAGAGCUCAGCACAGAGGAGGAGGGGGAUGAUGAAGACGGCAGCAGUGACGAGUUUACGGACAGCAUAGAGGAGGACGAUGAGAAAGUGACAGCUAGAAGUUUGGCCUCCAUUCAGACAUCUGGAAGGGCCAGUGGACCUGACAAUGUCUCCGGAGGACUGGUGAUGGGCUCGCUGGCCCAGCGAGCCGAUGGGAAGAGGGACAAACAGCAGCUCGAGGAAGCAAAAGCAACACUCGAAGGAGAGCUCAAAGAAAUAAGGUCACAGCUGGAAAGGGAUGGAUACACCUCUGUGGCUCAGAUGAGGAGUUCACUGCAGAGGCUGCAGGAGGAGAACCAGUUCCUGAAAGCAAACCAAGAACAAGCUGGACUCCUGGGAAUGAGGACAAACACGGAGGAGAAUCACAGGAGCCUGAACCAGGAAGAAAAAGAAGAGGACGAGGAAGAAGAGGAGGAGGAGGAUAUUGAGGAGGAGGAAGAGGAGGAGGAAGAUGAAGAGGAGGAAACAUCUUCAGUGCCACUGGGAAAGCGUCGUCCUCCCUGUGUUAGUCUGAGUGAGGAGCGGGGGAAGAGGCACUGCACACGCCCAUGCUCUCUGGAACCGGGCACGCUGACGUCUCAUCAAUACAAACACCAGCCUGAGACGGAGGCUGCUGGUGACAUCAGUGAGGUGGGAGCACUCUGGCAGGACAUAGACGAGGGUCUCCGAGAGCAGGCGGCCCGUCUGUGCUCUGAUCUGGCGCUGAGCCGCCAGGAGAACAGAGAGCUGCAAGAGAGGCUGAUGGUGUCUGAGGCCACAGUCCAUGCUCAGGCUGAACAACUGAAGGACUACAGGGAUCUGCUCACGGAGACGUCUGUCCAGCAGGCUAGUAAGCAGGUUCAGGUGGAUCUUCAGGAUCUGGGUUAUGAGACUUGUGGCCGUAGUGAGAACGAAGCUGAGAGAGAAGACGCCAGCAGCCCAGAGUUUGAUGACCUGGAGAUGUGCACAUCGCUGUCCCAUCAUCAGGAUUACGAGGGGGUUGGUGGCAGCUGGUACUCUGGUAACUGCAGCACUAAUAGAGGUGCUUAUGAUGAAAUGGGGGAUAAGUCAGCUUCUCUCCAGCAUCUGGUCCAGGAUCUUCGCUCACAGGUGACCCGCUGCCACAAGGUGAUCCGUGGGCUGCAGUUGCGUGUCCGCUCUCUGUCUACCACGAGUGACUAUGCCUCCAGCCUGGAGCGCACCCCACGCAAGGUAAACUGGGCGUUUGAGACAUCACCAGCCCCAAGUGGUGUGGAAGAGGAUGAAGGCUGGAUGUCUGACACUCAAGGGAUUCGUUCAGGGUCCAAGCCAAGCAGGGAGCUGCAAGAACUGGUGGCACGUGUUGCAUCACUGGAGGCACAGCUGAAGAGCUCCAAGCUGGAGGGCAAAGGCAAAGCAGAAGAGGGGAAAUGUGCCACCUGGCCCGGGAAGUACAACACUCUGAUCCAGGCACAAGCUCGUGAGCUGUCCCACCUGAGGCAGAGGAUGAGAGAGGGGCAAGGAGUCUGUCAUAUCCUCACCCAACACCUGGGAGAUACCACCAAGGCCUUUGAGGAGCUGCUGCGGGCCAAUGAUAUUGAUUACUACAUGGGCCAGAGUUUUAGGGAACAGUUGGCACAGAGUUCUGCCCUGGCACAAAGAGUGGUCACCAAGAUCAGUGGACGAGAUCGUGCAGAGAGCCAUGAUGAUAAGACAGGCCAUGAGUUGCUUGCCCUGCGGUUGAGUAAGGAGCUCCAGCAGAAGGAUAAAAUUAUUGAGUCUCUCCACACCAAGCUGCAGCAGCGUCCAGAGACUCCAUCCAGCUGCCAAGCCUUGUCUGAAACCACCGACCAAUCAGACAGGACCUCUCUGGUGUCCGAUGAGUAUCGAACCAAUGAAGACUUGGAGCUCUGCUCUGAUUUAGACGCCAGAGAAUAUCAGGAGGAGCAUCGACUGCGGCAGCCAGGACACCGCUCAGAACAAGACGUCCAUCUAUCCACCUCUUCUCCUCGUGGCCUCAAGUCUUCCCACAGCUGUCCCAACAUGCUUUGCUCAGCUCCUGUGGCUUUGACCCCUCAGUUCUCUCGAGCUCUUGUCAGUGAGCCUGUUUCCUCCUCCUUCUAUGUCCCCUCUGGCCCUGACGUCUGGGGUGUGGAAGUCACUUCUGACAUCCGGCCCCGGGCCCUGUCUGUCAUCGCAGUUCGCCCAGAGCUGGAGACACUGUACAAACAGAUGAAUGAGCAGAACAGGGGAUUUGCAGUUCCUCAUGACAAGGCUCUGUUCACUCUCUCACCCGGUGCCUGCAACCAUCAUGACCUCUCCAGCUACAGCCAGCUAUCCCAUCAUGCCUUUCAACAGUACCAGCUGAGUGGCAUUCCUGAAGGCCACUCGCUGAAGUCUGACUCAGGUCUAGUGCCGGGGGGGACUUUGUGGGACAUGGACAACAUGGCUCAACAAGUCGGAAGUUUCUCUGGAUCACCUGGACAUCAACCAGUAAACAGCCACGCAGGGGUAAAUUUGAUAGAGGAGCACCUGCGUGAGGUGAGGGGUCUCCGUCAGCGUCUGGAAGAGUCCAUUAGGACAAACGAGAGGCUCCGACAGCAGCUGGAAGAGAGACUGGCCAACACUGGGCGUGAUGGAGGAGCACCAACGAACAUCUACAUCCAGGGACUGGAUACAGUCACUCAGCUGUCCAAUGAAAUCAGAGUCCUGAAAGAAGAAAACCUCAGCUUAAAGUCUCGCCUGCAGGCCAGCACAGACACGUGUGAGGAGCUGGUGCAGUUGCGGGAGGCAGUGUUUACAGCACGUGCCCGCCUGAAGCAAGCAGAGCUGGAGGCUGAGCAGUGGAAGGAGGAGUUAAGGCGACUGCAGGCCCACAGUCAGGAGCAGGGACAGCAGAUUCACACGUUAAGGCAGGAGCGACAGGCCAGUCAGGAGAAAACCAACAGGCUCCAGCAUGAGGCAUCUCUACUGCAGCAGCAGCUGUGUGAGAGCAGAGAGCUCAUCCACUCCCUGCAGAGUGAAUUGCAAGUUUACGAUCGUGUGUGUUCCAGCACAAAGGCCAACAAAGGCUACCUCUGUGAGCUUCCAGGUCUACCAGUGGAGCUUGGGGAGCUGUUGGGGGAAGUGAGGAGUCUGCGGGCCCAGCUGCAGAACAGCGUCCAGGAGAACAGCGCCCUCAAGCAGCUGGAGCUCCACAAACAGCUGGAGCAGAAGUUAGGUGUCGGCUCUCCUCGCACUCCGUCCCUUUCGGCCCUCACUGCCAGCCCACAGAGGGAAAACUUUUACAGACGACAGCUGUUUCAUGACCCAGCUCCGUCUCCACCUGUCAGGGACAUUGGUCUGUUUAACUGUGGAUCCCCCGGUCCGCCCUACUCAGACCUGGACGACAGCCAUAGCACUGCCAAUGACCCUCUCGACCCUCACUCUGAGCUGGAGGGGGAGGCCCCUGACGGAUCAUUCGCAAACCGUAAUGGCCGCCACGCCAUCGGUCAUGUGGAUGACUUCAGUGCUCUGCAGCAGCAAGUCCUAGAGGGCCGGAGCCUUGUCCAACGCAUGGAGACAACAUUACAGGCCUGCCUCGGCCCACCACUGCUGGAGGGGAGCCAGAAACAGAGCAGUGAGCUGGUGCUGGACUACGCAUGUGUGAAGAGUCUUCUGUCCAACACCAAGACUCUGAGACAGAUUUUGGAGGAGGCCAUGUCUCUGCUGAAGAUGUUCUGGAGGGCAGCACUGCCCAGCACCGAUCCCUCCAUCCAUAACCUUAAGAAGGAGCAGUGUAUGCAAGAGGAAAUAUUGUCCCUGAAGCUGCGUAUUUCAGAGCAGGAAGAGGUUCUAAAGGGGACAAUUCAGAGACUGAGGAGCACCAGCCGCACCAAGGAGAGCAUGGAGCACUUCAUAGUCAACCAGCUGUCAAGGACUCGUGAUGUGCUGAAGAAAGCAAGGACAAAUUUAGAGCUGAGGAGCCAGGAGGCGCUGUCAGAGAGCGCCCUGCUGAUCGCAGUUUCCUGAAGACCAGCGGUGCUUCAGUGGCAGCCAAUCAGCGUCCAGCAGCGAGGAAGCGCAGUAGCGAAUGCCUGCUUUAGACUUUUAAAGAACCAGCCUCAAUGCUACCACUUAUGACCUCUGACCUCUAUGCUGAAACAGCCAAGAUCCUCCUCCCCUUUCCCCUGCCAACCUUUACCUUCCUCCAGUCAUGAGAUUGCUCCAUCCCCCCCUCCUCCAGGCAAUAUGUGCACACUAUAAUCUGCACUUCGAGCCUUAGCAAACACCCCCCAUUGCCCUCUCGUCCCC